AUGAAGGAGGAGCAAUGUCAACUGAUAGACAGUCUUAAGUGCAAAGUCGACCAGUUAGAAGCAGAAAAACUUGAUUUAUCUAUGGAAAGGGGAAGAUUCAAAGCAUUGGUUGAAGAACUGAGAGAAGCGAAAUGUUUGGCCGACACGAGAGUUGAAGAAUUAGAAGAACAGGAGAGCGAACUUCUUGGGAAGGUUUGAGU